CAUAUUUAUAGUUAGCGAAUCAGUAAAUAAUGCAAUGGAAAUCAUUAAAGGUAGUUUAGAUAAUAUUUCCCGAUCUGCAUCGACCGAGCAAACUGGUAACAGAUUUUGUCCUGCUGCGCCUUUUGAGCUGCUUGUUUUGAGCAACGAUUCUGCUGAUUUCCAGCAGAAUGGCAGUGGAGAAAUGGAACACCAUAAUAGAGGCACAGGACCUGGUAAAGGAGAUGAAAAUGAGGAUUCAAAGCUGCAGAGAGCCUUUGAGGAAAUGAGACGACUUGAUGAAAUUCUGUCAGCAGAAAUUUUCAAGGAAAAAGAAAUUCGGUGUCAAAGAAAAGAACUCCAAGCAAAAAUGUGGCAAGAGCUCCAGAGAAAACCUGACAAAUACUCUGACUGUGCUCACGAAGCAUUCAACACAAAGCUGUUUUUGGCUUUGGAAGCCCACACUUGUACAAAUGAAGAGGACCAUUAUGCACCUCUGUUUGAGACCCAGGUUCUGGACUGUGAGCAUGAUGGGGACGACCAAGGCCUGCAGCAAGCUGAAAAGCCGCCUUACAGCUUGACUUCAUCAUUUGAAGGAAGCAGUGCAAAUAAUGAGGGCCUCCGGUUUGUGGAGAGCAACAGCAAAACUUCCAAAACAAAAAACAAACAGAAGGACUUUGUCCAGAGGAACAUCGAGCUGGCAAGCAGUAAUGUGGGUCGAGUGCGCUUGACCCGUGCAGAGAAAGAGCGUCUGGCUGAACUCCUUCAAGAAAUAAACGAAGAGGAAGAGGACAGCGCCAGCGGCACAGACAGUGAGGAGGCUGUGUGGGCUACGUCAGUCUCUGCAGGCCAGGGUUACACCCCAGAGCCUUCUGAUCUGGAGCAUCUGAUGGAGAUUGAUGCUAAAAUUCGCCUCCUCCUUCCUGCUGAAGAACUCCACUCCCUGCAGAGCUCGAACACAGACCUAAGCGUGUUCCAGGGCCUUGGCUCCAAGAUUGGUUGGAAGCAGGAUUGGGACCAGCAGCCAGGAGAGAAGGUCCUGCAGGAUAUAAAGGAGAGGAGAGAACUGGAGACACGGCUUCAAGAGAUCCAGCAGCAGCUGGAGAUCCUGGGUGUUGGCCAGGAGAUGACGAAUGAGUCAGCAGACCUUACUGAGGAGCAGUUGCGUUGUCUGCUGGAUGAAUGUAAGAGGACAGAGAGUCAGAACCAGGACAAUCCAAGGAACAAAACGGUGCCAUCAGGACCUUAAAAACAUUCAUCUUGUCCAUGUGAAUUACUGCCUCCAAAACACAUCACAUUGGUUUUAUUUUCGACAAUGAACUCAUUCAUAAACUAUUACAAAUGAAUGGAAAUACAAAUAUUUACAAAGGCUUAUAAGCAUUUUUUUUAUUCUAAUGGCGUUCUUGUGUUCCAGACGUGGCUGAAUUGCAGUCCAUUGCUACAAUUUAUGUUCUCAAGGAAACAGUUGCUAAGGCACUCUCUGUAUCAACCUAAGUAUCAGUAAAUGACAAAUAACAUUCCUGCCAUUAACUCUAGUGAUUAGAUGCAGCUGCACACAAACUGGAUCAUGGCUAAUUUGAAGAACCACUUCAUGAACACAGUCAUGACACCUCUUUAGGUUUUUCAAUAUGCAUGUCCUUGGCCUUGUUAUUUCAAUGCUUAGCAACACUGGUAUCACAUUCACACAAAGAUGUGUACAUCUAUGUGCAAUCUAUGGGAUUUAUGUGUAAACUUGAGGUUUCUGCUCCUGCACCAGCUGAUCACUGAAAAGGCUUCCUUUGCUUAUUAUCAGUGUAUGAGGGGGAUAGAGUCUGUAUAGAGUUUGUUUCUCACAAUGUUCUGAUCACACUGAGGCUCUGAAACUGGAAGUUAUUUUUUUAUGACCUGUUCUGUCACUAUUGUUUAAUUAUAUAAUAAACUCUCUGAAACUUGUA